GCUUGCCCAAACGCAGUCAACGAUAGCAGCACCAAUUUUGUCUUAUAUUUUUCGUGUCGAGGAGAGCCCGAAUGUCAACGAAACCUCGAAGAUAUUAGUGUAAUUUGACACUGGUUUUGGUUGGUAACUCACGGGGAGAAGAGGAAUCCGUGUGUGAAAUAGGUUUAUGAAGAUAUCUAAUUCAAGUGUGUGGUAUAGUCUGUCUGGGAAAAUAUGAGUUGUUACGGCCGAGGGUCGUCACGACGUUUCAAUGUUUUUGUAGUGUCUGUCCUAGUGUAUAUAUCUUUUGGAUUUUGCCUCGCAAUUCCCAGUGUUUUAAAUACAAAUACGACGAAGGCGAGCACGGGGUCUCCAGCGACGACUGAUCCGCCAACGACAGGUAUUGAUUGUAGCAUGUAUCGCUCUUGUCAGAACUGUUCCCAACACAUGAAAUGUUCAUGGUGUUUCUCGGGAAAAUCCUGCCUUCCAGAAAACCUACGAGAUGAACGUAAUGCUUGCGAUGAAGAUGAUUGGUAUUAUGGAGAUUGUGAUAAGCCAGCAAAGGAAGCUGUUUUAGUUUACGUCCUUCUAGCCUGCGCCCUCUUUUUACUUCUGAUUGUCAUUCUAUUGGUGCUGUAUAUCUUCUUUUGUAAAAUGCCUCGAAAUAAAGACUACGAACCAGUCAGCACCAAAGACAAAGAUAAGAAGAAUAAACGGCGACGUACGCCAUUAAUGUCGAAGAAAGUGAAGCCUUCAGGAUCGCGAACGGACGAUCUCAAGAAAAAGUAUCAACUGGACGGCUAGGAUAAAAAAUGUCGUCUGUUUGAACAGUAAACAUUUUAUAACCGGAGUUACAUUCAAUUUUAGCUUUUCGUGCGUAAUAAACUUGUGAGGAGUUUUGAAUUAGAGAUUUCUUCAAUU